GUGUGUUUUGAGACGUGUACAAUCUCUGCAGUGACAGUGAAAAUGUCUUACCGAAAAGUGAUAAUUCUCUGCUUUUCUCUCUUUGCAGCUACAUCUGGGUCCCAUUUUGAAGGGGGUAUCAUGACUUUCAGACCCAGGGGGAAAAAUCCUGAUGGAACAUUUACAGUGGACAUCAGGUUUAAAUCUGGAUUUGACUCUAGCUAUGCCAGUGAACUUAGCUGGAGUUGCUCAAGAGGCAAUUGUGGAUCUAUUACUGAGAGAAGUUAUGGAUUUGUGGAUGAUAGCAGAUAUGUAACACGAUGGUCCCAAACCGAAAGUUACAAUGUGAGGCGCGUAUCCAGCGAUAAGCCGUUUCAUCUCAGUGCUGAUAGUUGUUGCUGGAUCUACAAUACUCUUAACCAUAAUGGGUGGAGUCUCCAAACUGUUGUGGAUUUGGGAACCCGAUCUGACACGUCCAAACCUAACAACUCACCAGUGACCACUAUACUACCCAUCAUCAGGGUUCCUCAAAAUUGCCCGUCUUCCAUUAAUAUAUUGGCCCAUGAUCCCGAUGGAGACAUUGUGCAGUGCAGAUACGGCAAAAGAAACACUGGUGAAUGCGACCUUUGCCACCAUCCGUAUUUCAACAUAGAUGAAGAAAACUGUAUUUUGUCCCUGUCCUCUGCAACUCCAAGAGGUCUCUAUGUGGUUGAGAUGGUAUUGGAAGAUUUUGCCCCCCAAAACAUUAAUCUUCGAUACAGCGAUGGCUCGGUUGCUUAUAGAUACAGACCUUAUAUUCGCAAAAAGCGUGCUGUGUCAAAGAGUCCACGCUGGUGGUGGGGCCCAUCCACAUAUAAUGUAGAAUCUCAAAACACAGAGUUACUUUCAGACGUAACUGGAUCCCCUGAGCUGUAUACAGCAAUAACUGAAAUCACGGAGCUAUAUACAGAGAGAAUUGGAACCACAUAUGCAACCAUGGAACCAACUAUAGUAGAAACUGAAACCACGAAGACAGCAUCAACUGCAGUAGAAACUGAAAUCCUGGAAUUAACUACAGUAGAACCUGAAACCUCCCAAGUAACAACAUCAAUCCGAAGAACAACUUAUGUUCCACAAACAGACUCCGGUAUCAUUGACCCAACAGUAACCAGUUUAAGUAAGAUACCUCUGCAGUUUAUGGUGGAAGUGACUAGCUCAGUACCUUCAUGUACGUAUGGAGCCUACAGACCACUGUUUCUCCCCCCAACACCGAACAAUGGUGAAAUCCUUAAUGCCAGGGCAAGAACACCGUUUCAGAUACACCUCGCAGCUCAAGCAACACAAAGCAGAAUAGCAGAUUUUAAGGUCAGUGGCCCCUACAACAUGACUAAAUAUACCGUCAAAAUUAAUGGAAACAGUGCAACAAAGAUCAUAGAAUGGACACCAACGGACAAUGAUGUUGGAGACCAUGUUCCUUUCUGUUUCGUAGCAGAAACCACCAAUGGGUACAAUUCAGAAUUAAGAUGUAUCAUUGUUAUCGUUGGACCUUACCGCCUUGUGACUACCAGCUUGAUGUGUAACGAAAACACCAUGACUCUGUUUAUUAAAAAGUCCUCGGUAAAUGGUCUGUACGAAAACCACCUGCGUCUGAAUGAUCCUCGAUGUCUGCUAACCUCCAACAGUACGCACCACAUUGCAAGUGUGGGAUUUAACUCCUGCGGCACACAAAUCGAGGAAACAGAAGAUAGCAUUGUAUUUAAAAACCAAGUGACUUCAUUUGAUAAUGUAACGGCUGUCAUUACAAGGAAGCACCAGGUGAUAAUUCCCUUUAACUGCUCCUUUCCAAAAGAGAACCGCCUGUCUGUUUCAUUUCGUCCUCAAAAGGCAAUUUUUGAGUUCACGGAGGCCGGAUUUGGUAACUUCAGCUACAAGUUCCAGUUCUACACGAGUGACCAGUUUACAACGGUACAAACACAAUCUCCGCUGGAGGUCUGGCUGAGAGACAUGCUCUACAUGGAGAUACAAGUAAUGUCGUCUGUGAACAACAUCCAGUUGUUUGUGGAGUCGUGCAAGGCCACCCCGCAUGACAAUCCCAACGAUCCCGUGUUUUAUAACAUCAUUGAAAAUGGGUGUUUACAGGAUGAAACCUUGGUAGUUUACCCAGGUACAAGGACAAGGUCUAGAUUUGGAUUAGAGACAUUUACCUUCAUUGGGAAUUAUAAAGAGGUUUAUGUGAGCUGCACAGUCAUGCUAUGCAAGGUAGGGGACCCCAACACACGCUGCGCUCAGGGUUGUGUCACCAAGUCAUUGGCAGAAACCGACACAAGUCGCCGUAAGAGGUCACUAACAGCCGAGGCAACUGAGUCACUGCAGCACUUCAUUUCCCAGGGUCCUUUGCGUUUGAAGAGACAGUCACUCAACGAAGAUUCCGAGGGGAAGGUAGCACUGAACAUUAACACUCUGAUUAUGUCCUUAUCUGGAGUCGCAGUUGUCGCCCUAGUUGUGACGACCACAUAUUUAAUUAAGAAGAAAACCAGAACCACCAAUUACCAGAGGCUCUCCACAGAGGAAUUGUGAAAUGGACUCUAACUUCCGUGAUAACGAAAAUAUUUUUUAAAUGUAAAAUAUACAUGUGUCUGAAAGCUGUAAGAAAUGACACUGGGAUGUCAGCACUGAGAUACGUAUUUAUAUGUUCGGUAACAUUAU